CCUCGAUCGUGUGCACGGGUUAGAAAUGUUGACGUACGUUUAUCGGCAAGGAAUAAUCUCUAAUCGUAGAAAAUAAACAGACUUCUGUCGAUCACAGUUCUUUUUUUUUUCGCGGAAAGUUUUAUAUCUGAAUUGAACGGACAAUGUCACCAUUUUGGAAGUGGAAAUAAAUUGUGUUUUGAAAUCUUAAAAUCAAGGUAAGAGAGAGAGAGAGAGAGAGAGAGAGAGAGAGAGAGGGGGGGGGGAGAGACAGGCAGACAGAGAGAGAGGAGAGAAAGAAGUAAUCAUCCGUAUUAUGUAAUAAUUAUGAAAGAAACAAUCCGUAGAAUUUUGGAAAAUAAAAUACCUGAAUUUGUUCAUUUAAGCUCAGCUAAGACAGAUGCUUAAGAACUAAAAAAAAUAUAUUAUCAAAAUAUUUUCUAAAAUGUUGUAAUAAUACCAAGUCCAAACAAAUACUACAGUGUAUUCAUAAACAAAUGUAAGUUCUAGUCCACACUCAGAAUUAACACAACUUAAGAUUUAGUUUAAAUAUUUGUCAGAUGUAUAAAUAUAGAGAUUACAGUUGUCGACUUUUCAAACGGAACAAAUGACCAGACAGCUCUCUCUCUCUCUCUCUCUCUCUCUCUCUCUCUCUCUGUGUUUAUUUUUCUUUCUUUCUCUUUUUUAAAUGUAGUUGCUAAAACAUAUUUUCUAAACGAUAAAAAUUCACCUUCUUGAUAACGCGCACACAACAAUGACUUAUUUACUUCAAAAUUUAUGGAACGUCAUUUUUUUUAUAUAUAUACAUGCAUCAUUGAAAGUAAGAAUAAAAUAACGAAAAAUUAAUUUCUUGUUCGGAGUUAUCUCCCUGGACGGCCAUGGCGCAACCAAUAUUGUCAGUGACCUAUCCUGACUCAAUCAGGCGUCGCUCGAGAUCUAUCGAUUAGGCGGCUUAUAGAUGUGUUUUUAAAAAGACCGGUGUUAAUUUUAAAACCCUAAAAUAAAUAUCUCUCUACUCUUUUUAUCAUCGCUCUACAAUAAUAUCAGCUUGAGAAAUACAGAGUCAAUUGAAUCGCAAUCGCUCCCUGACAGAGAGAUACGGCAGAGCGGGAAACCUUUACAUGGGCGAAGCGCUGAUUUAUUUCCGAUUCAGGGAUGAGAACAAUUUUCUAGGAUUGCAGGAUUUACAUGUAUAUAAUGAGACCGUUUCUUCUAUGAUUUCAAAGUGGUAAGUAUCAAACGAUCGGAUUUAAAGACAUUGUUCGUGUGUGUUAUAGAGAUUGUGUAGACAAUACUGGGUGUAUAUACAAAGCUUCAGAAUGCACCCAUACAACAAAAAAUCAAUUCUGCUUAAUUUCGUGAAAAAGUGGAAUAACAAUUUUAUUUUGAAAAAUCAUGAAUGAAUGCAAUUUCUUUAAAAUCAAAUAAUCAAUAAAUGUUAAUCUUUCCUAAAACGGAAUCGCCGUAUAGCUCUGUGGAUGGUAAAACCCGUCUUAAAGGUUCUAUCUUAAAAACUUUCAGUACUUUAAGAGGCUUAAGAAGUCGACCGGUAUGGGUUAAUUGGAAAGAAUAAUUCAAAACGAAAUUAACCUCAACUUAGCAGGGAUCAAAUGGAUUAAGCUAACACUACGUGUGAACUGGAUGUCAACACUGGCACCAGACUGAUUAAUGAGAGAGAGAGAGAGAGAGAGAGAGAGAGAGAGAGAGAGAGAAGAGAUUAUUCUUUUUCGGGGUGGGUGUGUAAAAUUUCAAUUUGAAAUACACGUACAUGUCUGUGAUGUCUAAUUUUACCGAAUACCUUCCCAACUAAAAUUUGGACAAUUACUGACGAGAUAGUUUUGAACUAGCUGGCAGUGUGUAUUGCAUUGGGCAUUUAACAAGUUUUAAUUUUUUUUAAUUGACUCAAUACAAAAUGCGUAACCGUCUUUUAGUUCUAGGUGACGAGGUCGACAAGUCGUUUAAGAGAUACCUCGUAUUCCGAUCCGUCACGCGAUUACAGACGAACGCCAGGGAGGAAUUAAAUACUUAAUUACUUAUCUAAUCUACAUCGUUUGAUCGCUCGAUAAUCGCAGAGGACGUAGAUCCGUUUUGAGAUUAUGGGUUGACUAUUACCCACGGAGAAUUCUGUUAAAUAAGUUCCAAAGACAAAAUUCAACAUCGUGUAACAUCCCUCCCGACGCCAUUUCAAUCACAGAUUUUAUUGACGAUAAAGUCGAACCUCAGUGACUAGCCCGCUAAUGCACAAACACUAGUAUUGUCACGACUUCAGAAGUGAAACAAAAUGGUCAGUCCGCGCUGGUCAGAGACAGGACCUUCAAGUGUGAGCGCCAUCUGGAUCAUUUCCCACUGUACAUGGGAUUAAUUGUGUUUCCUUUUGAGCCCCUACCCACCCCCGUCACACACUUCAUUUUAUUUCCUUUUGAACCCCUACCCACCCUCAUAAACCUCUCCAUUUUGUUUCGUUUUGAGCCCCUACCCACCCCGUCACCCUCUCCACGUGAUCAGCUAUAGAACACUACAUGUGUACGCUGUUUCUAACAUUGUAUAACAUAAACUGAAGUAUUUAGUGCAAAACCGUAAUUUUCUCCAAUUAAGUCUCUCUAACAGAGAUUUUAAAUUACUUAUCAACUAUCAGUACACUAGAAUUUUAAACCAAUUAAUUUUUAACAGAUUCUGACUUGCAUUAAGCCGGUCCCAUGCAUAUAAAUUCUUUCAAAUGCACAUGUCCCCAAGUCUAAUCGUUAAAACAUAUAAAUUAUAUCAGAAUUCAAAUCAUUUGACUUCUAGUGAGAUAAUGUCUGUAGAGAAAUAGUGUGGCCAAGUUCUAAUAAACAGUGUGCCUGGUCGCGAAUUACUCAUGUCUAAUUACAGGUAUGAAAGAUUUUUGGGUUAAAAUACGUCGAGUCAGAUGACUGAACUUUCGUGUGUGUGUUUGUAAAACCAAGACCUUGGUUUGUUGCAUUCAAUCACAUGUACAUAAAAAGUUACAUAGUGUUUUCUCGUGACUGCGAGGCCCGGGUUCGAUCAUUCGCCCAACGCCCAGUUCACGGAUCUUCGUCGGUGCAUGACCUUUAAAAAGGAGGCCCCGACCCGCAUCAUAGUGCAUGUAGGUGUUUGUACGUUAAAAAUGUAUCCUUGUUAUGGCUCCGAAUGCCAAAUAAAUAAUGAUAACAAUAAAAUCACACAAAAACUUUGAAUAAAUAUUCUUAGCAGUAUUAAAAACGUUCAUCCCAUUUGCUUCCACGCUGUACAAUUAAGUAGAUUGGAGCUGGUUUUAUAAACUAAGACAGACAUUACUAGCAUAUUAUUGAAUUCAAAUUUUGAAAUAUACAUGUAUGUAUUCGCUAAAGAAUGCAUAAACACAAUCAUUGUAAACCCCCCUGUGCUGAUUCCAAUGCUUCAUUAACAUAAACAUGUGACUGAAAUUUAACGCGUUUAACAGUCCCAUUUAAAUAUCGACUCGCUUCAAUGUGGAAUAUCUAAAGAUAUUCAAGUCCCAUCGGAGAGAGAAAAAAUAGAUAUUAACUUGCCGUGGGUCGCACAACGUGUAUCUCCCCAGAUCAAAAAUUCUUUUGUUUUCUUCAGCGCGAUAAAUGCCGUCCUCGGCAGUAUGCGAGACAUUGAUUUAAUGCUCUAAUCAGACCCAUAAAGCGCUGGCAUCGAUUUCGUACCCCGGAAUAAGUGGGAGAAGGUAGCUAUUUUAUAAAAAACUCAUUUAAAUUAAUCCACGAGAGGGAAAUGAAUUCUAAAUUCCAAAUUGCUCAGGUGGAAAAUGAUCAAUCAAAAAAAUAAAAAUAAUGUAGAUAUAGAUUAACCGCUCUUGACAUUGGGAGCUGUGCUGCAUAGUUGUGUUUGUGGCGAGAUUUCCCAACAGCUAGUGAGUUGGUUGUGAACUUUGAUAAGGAUUUAUGGUGAUGGAGUAUAUAAAAGCAGAUUAAUCUCGAUGGAUAUCUCACAGAUGGUGAUGACAACUGGCAGUGCGAACGUCCAUAGCUACAGUAAUGAUCCGCUGGGGAUAGACGAUAUUUUCCGCGCGUCCCCAGAACCCGGAAGUUACUACCGGUGCCCCGUGUCAACUCCUCUGCAUGGAAAGAGACCUACACAACAGAAGAUACCCGAAAGCCUUACCUUCGUUUCUCUCGAUUUUAGUCAGGUUAAAAGUUCCCCCAAACAAAAUGUCUACAAAGGAAUGCCCGCUGGAAAGAAAAUUAUUCCUCGCCGGAAAAAUAUGGACUAUUAUUAUGUCGAUAAAUCCUUUCAGAAGCGCAUUGCCCAGCAGUCAAACACGACAUGGUUAAGAGGACUAUGUGCUCAGCCCGUGGAUGAAAUCUUUACUAAGUACAGACGACAAAGCGAACUGAAGAGACAUAACACGAUACUCACGCGGAGUUUCUCUACUCCUGGAGAAAAGUCUAUACUGGAAGGCUGGGAGAGCAACAGCUCUAAACGGCUCGGUUCUGCCACGUCACGCUCCUCCUUCCACUCGCUCACUACACAAGACACGGGGUCACCGCCGCUAGAGGUCGUGUCUAAACCCUACCGUCAUCACGGUUCAGAAGAUGAGGUCACGCGCACCAGCAGCCGUGUUGACGCUAACCCACAUUUGACAUCACCGGGGGAAACUCCUCGCGAAUCGGGAUCGGUGUUCAGUAAUUCUGCAACACGUCGGCAAAACGAUACUUUGAGAGAUAGCACUUCUGUGCGGCUGAAUAUCAGCACGGUUGUUGACGAUGACUUUUAUGAUCAGUUCAAACGACAGGAGACCACACUUCCCGAUAUACACAGAAAAAAAAUUUAUUCAUUUCAAACCAGACAACGGAAAUACUACAGUAGUCCUAACCUAUAUGCCAGUCCGCGGGACAAUUCACCGAGAUUCAAAGGCGGUUUGGCGCCUGCGCAGAAAUUAGAAACCUCUGGUGCCCUAAACUGUUCUUUGUGUGCAUGGGACGAAGGUUCGGACUCUUAAUGAACAGCUAUACUUUGAGGAGUGAGCCUAAUUUGUGAAACAUUGACAUUAAUACUCAAAUGAGUUCUGCUUUCGAAUUUCAGCCUGUGCAUAUAUUCCACAUAUACAUGCUAUUGUUACAACUUAUACUUGCUAUACUGUGAAGUUCAUUUAUUUUCUUGAGGUUUGAUUUUCGUUUUUUAUUGUUAAUAUUUUUCAUGGUAAACUCUACAGAUUAACAACUCUCGGAUCACGAAUUUAAAUUAAAUUUAAAUUUAAAUUUAGUGUGAACAUGUUUUAUUAUUUUCAGUCAACAAAAAAUUGACCCAACAAAAAUGAAUGAUUUUACAGUUUCCUUAAUGUUGCUCUUUUCAUAGUCUCGGUAUGAACAGAGAGAAAUCACGUGGUCUGGUGAUUGACAUACUGUUUCUUACUGUGUGUUGUCAGAGACAUACAGGUAUACCAUUGUGAUAUAUUUCUCUGGUAUUGUCGAUAAUUUUCAAGAUAUGCUCUGAAUUACUCUAUGAAAAUAAAAUCUAAUAUCAAUA